ACUUCUUUUUUUGGGAGAUCCUGGAUUCGAGGCUACUUAUAGUCACUCACCCGUCCGGUCCUCCUCGUUUCAAUAACGCUUUACCGACCGCAAGUGAUACCCAUCUGGCACGCUAUACUCGAACAAGGAUCCCGAAGAAUGUACCUUGACAGUCACACUGCCCCCUUGGAAAUCAUCUCCACCCGUGUACCCCGUGAUAGGAAGCCGCGUACAGAGCACUAGGAUGAAUACAAAAGCUUGACGUCAAGGUCUAUUGAAGGGUUAACUUCCCCUUCUCUUCCAAUGGCCCACACCGAACUCCAAAAAGUACCCAAUGAAUCUCCCGGCACGAAUGAAUCCGACAGACGUCUCCUCGAGCUGGGCUACAAACCUGAAUUUCGUCGUGAAAUGUCGUUAUUUGGAGUCCUUGGAAUCUCAUUCUGUGCUAUCGGCAUCUUGACCGGGAUGUCAAGUGCAUUUCAGACAGGGUUGUUUUCGGGUGGGCCUUUGGGUUUAUUCUGGGGAUGGAACGUUUGUUCACUAUUCAUGCUUUUCAUCGCACUCAGUCAGGCCGAGAUAUGUAGCGCAUAUCCUACAAUGGGUGGCUUAUACUUCUGGGUCUGUAAAAUGAAGCCAGACCGACCUAUUCUUGGAUUCUGUACGGGAUGGAUAUACUCAAUUGCCAUGACCCUCACAGGCACUUCAGGAAACCUAAGCACAGCCCUCUUCCUAGCAUCCCUAAUAGAAGUCGGCCAGGGUGUAACCCUCACUCGAGUUGAAAUCGCCGCUAUCGCAUGGGGAAUCAACAUCCUUUCCGGAAUCAUCAACACUGUCGGUACGAAAGCCAUCGGGAGAAUGAGCACUUUCAAUAUCUGGUGGACACUUGCCGGAACGUUUGUGUUGGUAGUCACUCUUUUGGUGAAAGCCCCAGCGAAGAACAGUGCAAAAUUUGUGUUUACAGACUUUGAGAACUUCACCGGGUGGGAAUCCAAAGGAUUUGUUGUCCUUCUCGGCUUCAUCCAAGCCGUCUACACGCUCGAAGGCAGCGAAACAGCCGGUCAAGUCGCAGAAGAAGCUGUCCGCGCUGAAUUUUUAGCUCCCGUCGCCAUCGUCGGGAGCAUAGCCGGCUCGUGGCUCAUCGGACUCGCAUACAUGCUCGCUCUCCUCUUCUCCGUCCAAAGCAUCAGCAGCGUCCAAUCCACAUCUUUCGCUAUACCCAUAGCACAACUCUAUCACGACGCUGUGGGACCGAAAUUGACCUUGAUGUGUCUCACUUUUAUAUGCUUGGGGCAGUUUAUGGCAGCUGUUACGGCUUUUACGGCUAGUUCGAGGUUGUUUUAUGCGUUGGCUAGAGAUAAUGCGUUUCCUGCGAAGAAGACGUAUAUGAGAUUGAACCGGUUUCAGGCGCCGUAUGUGGGUGUUUGGACGUCGGUGUUGGUAGGAUGUGCGAUUUCGUGCACUUAUAUUGGGUCCCCGAUCGCUUUCAACGCUAUACUCUCGUCUGCCGCUAUCGCAGUCAUGCUCGGAUACUUACAGCCGAUCAUCAUUCGAGUGUUUUGGCCUUCUGCCUUAUCAUCUCGUGGUCCAUUCCAUCUCGGUCGUUGGUCAUGGGCCAUUAACGCCGCCAGUUUCGCUUUUACAAUAUUCAUCUGUGUACUAUUCAUCCUCCCUACUUCUCACCCAGUCAACCAAAACAAUAUGAAUUAUGCUGUUGUUUCCGUUGGAGGUUUGAUGUUGAUCGUUGGGUUGACGUGGGUGUUUUGGGGGCGGUAUCGCUUCAAGGGACCUGUUCAUACGAAUAUCCAUAUUGGGGAGGAGCAGUCGGUUGAUGGGAAGACGGAGUAA